AUGCCCGUGACCGAGGUUCUGCUGUUGCGACACGGCCAUCGGCUUGCAUGGACGCUGGAUCCCAUCACAGGCAAAUAUGGUUCGAAUCAUCCUUACCCGACCGGCCUGCCGGCCGACCCUCCACUGGCGUCGCAUGGCGUGCAGCAGGCGCGAGAAACUGCAAAGCAUCUCAGCAACGUGUUAGCGGAGGUCACAAAGUCAGACCGACUCAGAAUAUACUCCAGCCUUUUCUACCGAUGUCUUGAGACUCUACGGCCGACGGUGGAGAUCCUUCUCGACAUGACGCCUACGAAUUCCCUCACGAGGGAACACCUGAAAGUAAGAGGCGAGAGAGGCAUAGGAGAGUGGUUUGGACGAGCAUGGUUCGUGCAACCCAAGCCGGCAGAGCCUCGUCGACUGCGCCGGGACUUCUUCCCUUGGCUGGAUGAUGAAUACCAGUCCAGGGUUGUACCGCCCGAGCAUGGAGAAAGGAUCGAGCCCUUGCAUGAUCGUGUUGCGCGAGCCCUGGCCCAGAUAGUGCAGGACGUGGAUGAACAGUACCUCAACGCCAGCCGAGGUGAUGAAGAGGUUACGUUGCUCCUCUGCGGUCAUGCCGCUCAGAUCAUAGCCAGCGGUAGGGCCUUGACGGGCCAGGUGCCCGAGGAUCUUGAUGAUGAGGAUUUCAAGUGCUUUACCUGCGGCAUAAGCAAGUUUGUCCGCAGGCGGCUCCCUACUACUGGCGACGCAUACUAUGACGACGACUGGCGCAACUCUGGAGGCGUCGCCGGUGGGUGGGAUUGCAUCCUCAACAGCGACUGUAGCCACCUUUCGCAAGGGGAAGAAAGGGGCUGGCACUUUCAUGGGGACGAGAGUUUUGACUCCUACGAAGCGCCAGGCGUGUUGUGGACGAACAGAUCAGAUGGUAGGGCGCAUCCACCGAAGUUAUGA